AUGUCAAAUAUAAUUGAAAGUACAUCUGUCAGUACAUCACCACCAGCGAUAAUACCCGAAGAAUUCACCUAUACAACUGAAGGAAAAGCAACAAUUUUAACACCUAAAAAGGAUGAAGUAUUUUACAACCCCAUACAACAAUUCAAUAGAGAUUUAUCUACCUUAUCCAUAAUAGCGUACGAUGAAAUGAGAAGAGACACAUAUUCUAAAAAGAACAACAAGAGGAGAAAACUUCACAAUUUGAAUAUUUUAGAAGCAUUAUCUGCAUCAGGUUUAAGAAGUUGUAGAUAUGGAUUAGAAAUACCUAAUGUUCAAAAAAUUAUAGCUAAUGAUUUAUCGAAAGAUGCAGUGGCGGCAAUUGAUAGAAAUAUACAACAUAAUCAUAUACAACAUAAAGUUGAAUCAAACGAAGAUGAUGCUAUUAAAUUUAUGGGAUCAACAAAUAAAAAGUUCCAUAUUGUUGAUUUAGAUCCGUAUGGUACUGCUUCACCUUUUAUUGAUUCUGCAAUACAAUGUAUAGAAGAUGAUGGAAUGUUGCUAGUUACUUGUACAGAUGCAGCAGUUUUAGCUGGAAGUGGAUAUCCUGAAAAAUGUUUUGCUUUAUAUGGAGGUAAUAAUUUUGGGAAUUCUUAUAUAAAUAAUGAAACAAAUCAUGAAGUUGGUAUAAGAUUGAUGUUGAAUUUAGUUGCCACAACAGCUGCAAAAUACAAAAAAUCAAUUGAACCAUUAUUAUGUUUAAGUAUUGAUUAUUAUUUUAGAUGUUGGAUAAAAAUUAAAACAAGUCCAAUAAAAGUUAAAGAUCAUGCUAGUGAAACUAUGUUAGUAUAUGGAUGUAAUGGAUGUGGAAAUAAAAAAGUACAACCUUUAGGGUUGAAAAAGGGACCAACUAAAUUUAUAUAUCCUAAAUUAGUGACUCCAAUUUCAUCAAAUUGUGAAUUUUGUGAGUCAACUUUCAAUUUAGCUGGUCCAAUGUAUGCUGGAAAUUUACAAAAUGAAGAAUUUAUAAAUAAAAUAUUAGAACUUAAUGCAAAUCCAAAUAAUAAAUCAAUAUAUAAAACUCAUGAAAGAAUCAAAGGAAUGUUAACAUUAGCUAAAAAUGAAUUGAAAGAUGUACCAUUUUAUUAUAAUUUAAAUCAUUUAUCUUCAUUAUUUAAAACAUCACCAAUAUCAAUAGAUGAAUAUAGUAAAGCAGUAGGUAAUUUAAAUUCAAAAAUUUCAGAAGAUGAAGAAACCACAAAAUUAAAUUUAAGUUUGACUCAUGCUAAAAAGAAUUGUAUAAAAUCAAAUAUAAAUUGGGAAACUAAUUUAAAAAUUAUAAGACAAUGGAUGAUUGAUGUUAAUAAAGAGUAUUAUGAUAAUAUGAUUAAAAGACAAGAUGAAGAUAAAGAAGAAUUAAAUGAUAAAAUUAAAGAAAAAUUGAAAUUUUUGAAAGAGAAUAAUUUUAUUUAUAAUUCAAAUUUACGUGAAGAUUCAGCAGGUGGUAAAAUAUUAAAAUAUUUUGCUAGAAAAGAGGAACAACAAAGUCAAAGUCAAAGUCAAACUCAAUCAGAUAUAGAAGAAAUUGCAAUUGAUUUCAAAACAUCAAAUGAAAUAAGUGAACAAAUUUCAAAAUUAAGAAAAGUUAAAAUGGUUAGAUAUCAAGAAAAUCCAACAAAGAAUUGGGGUCCAAUGUCGAGACCAAAGUAA